AGCAUUCAACACAGCCAAUCAUUGUUAAUCCAGGUGUUCAUGAUCUUGAGCUCAAAGUUGAUCAAGUAUCUAAGCUACGAGACAUUGCUAACGAAUUGCAGGACAAGUUUGAUUAUCUCGUUCUUGCAGUGAAAAAGUCACUUGAAAAUAAUUCCAUUGAUAUAGAAGAUGCAAAAAUGUUGAUACAUGGAUGCUUAAAGAGAAAAGCUCGUGUUGUGUCUCAGCUGCUACCCUGCAUUAAUAUUCUUAAGAAGGUUAACGAUUUUAAAAGUUUUUUUGAGUUUCUAAGUGAAUAUGAUUUUAUUGGUUAUCUCAAUUACAAGCUAUUGAAGAAAUUAUCUAAACUAGUUAAAGAUGAUAAUGAGAUUAACAGGUAUUUUGUUGAAUACGAAAAAGAAUAUGCCAAGUUAUUGAGUGCAGCUGCCUUUCAAGAAUUUAUACCUUUCUUUGAAAAACAAUCAGACCUGUCUCCUACUGCUCCUCUUGGCUUACCUUAUGUUUCCUUUUGUGUUGAAAAACCUGAUUCAUUCACCAGUGCUCAUGAUUGCCUCUCAACCUUUGAUGAGUUCUCAUGGUCACAAGAUAUGUUUUUAAAACAAUUACAAAAGAAAUGCAUUAUCAUCACUUAUGCCAUACUACCAUAUGUUCUUGAUGAUGUCAUGAGAGAUCUCAAGGAUCCAGUGAUAUUGAAGAAGCUAGAGGACAAUGAUAUUAGAGUAGUUGAAUUACCACAAGAAGAAGAAGAUUUUGAGGGUAAGAAAGAAGACCCACAGAUUGAAUCCACUGCCGCUAAAAUAGAACCAAAGGUUGAUGCUUCUUCAAUCAUGCAGACCACAUCAUUGGAGGGAAAAAUUUCCACCACAAGCACUACUACUUUGAGGCCCGAGACUGCAUCAAUUGGGAAAGAAGUGAAAAGUUCCAGUCUGGGAAGAGAUUUAAUCAAGUCUAUAGAAUCUGAUACUAAACCUGAGGAGGUUAUUGGUCUACUUGAAGCUGGAGCUGAUCCUAAUGUUACUAAGCAUUCAUUUGGUGGCACUCCUGCUCUUAUUAUGGCCAUUGAAAAAGGUAAUACUGAUAUUGUUAAAUUGUUACUGGAGAAAGGAGCUAAUCCCAAUGCUACUAAGUAUAAAUCUGGUAGUAAUCCUGCUCUUAUUGUAGCCAUUGAGAAGAAUAACAUUGGAGUUGUUGAUGUGCUACUUGAAAAAGGAGCUGAUCCUAAUAUUGGUUUUGAUACUUAUAAAGGUACUCCCUUGCACCAUGCUAGUGAAACUGGGGAUGCUAAUAUUAUCAAGUUAUUAAUAACUAAAGGAAAUGCUGAUGUGAAUGCCGUGGAUGAGAGGAAAAGAACUCCUUUGUUUCAUGCUAUUGAGAGUGGUAGUGUUGAAGCUGUUGAUAUUCUAUUAACUAAUGGAGCUAAAACUGAUGUUGUGUCUGAAUAUGAUGGUACUCCAUUACACUGUGCUAGUAAAACUGGCAAUGCAAAUAUGAUGCAAUUAUUAAUAACUAAUAAAAAAGCUGUUGUGGAUGCUGUUGAUAAGAGGAAGAGAACUCCUUUGUUUAAUGCUGUUAAUAGUGGUAGCAUUGAAGCUGUUGAUAUUUUAUUAACUAAUGGAGCUAGAACUGAUGUUGUGUCUGAAGAUGGUGAAACUCUGCUACAUUGUGCUGGUGAAUCUGGCAAAGUUGAAAUGCUUGAGUUUUGGAUUAAGAGAGGAGAAUAUGAUGUGAAUAUUCAAGAUAAAAGGAAGAGAACCCCGUUGUUAAAUGCUGUUAAGAGUGGUAGUGUUGAAGCUGUUGAUAUUCUAUUAAUUAAUGGAGCUAGAACUGAUGUUGUGUCUGAU